AUGAAGUUCCUCGCUACCACCGUUCUCGCUGCCGCCGCGGCUUUCCUGUCCGUCGCCUCUGCUUCUGACUUCGACCUCGGCGGGAAGACCCUCAGCGAGGUGCUCUUCAGCGAUGACGACGAGUACGACGAUUUCCCCUGCGUCGAGAUCAUCUUCCGAGACAACACAUGCCACUUUGACGAUGACCGCCGAUUCUCCGCCGCCUACCUUUCCGCCCGCUCUGAGUGCGUCUGCGGCGGCGAUGGCCUCGAUGAUUUCCUCGACUGCCAGCGGUGCCUGUUGGACCACGGCUUUGGCCGCGAAGUCCGAGACCUCUGGCGCAGAAUCUUCGCCGUUAUUCGACAGUUGGCCUGCGAUGAUGACCGCCGACUGGCCAUUUCUCAGGAUGCUCCGGUACCGACCGCUCCCACUCCCUCCAUCAUUACCAUCACCGUCUCUGAUCCCAAUCAGGUCGUCCCCCCUGCCACUGUGAGCGCAACCGGUGCCGGCCCUUCACCAACCGGGCUUCAGAAGUCUAGUGAUGAGGACGCUGCCACUGUCCCGACCGCUUUGCCCGCAUCGGAAUCGACCGUUUCCAACGAUUUGCACGAGUCCCCAGACGUCGACGUUUCCUCCGACCGAUCUGCUGCCGUCUCGUCCUUCUCGAGUUCUGGAAUGGCUUUGGUCUUUGCUGGUGGCAUCAUCUUGGGCUUGCUGUGA